AUGUCAUACGAACACCACUUUUUCAUCGACCUACUAAUGGCGAAUCCAUUGCCAAAGCAGUCGGAUAAAGCAGCAGAAGAACACGCUCCCGCUCCCAGUGCGAAUCAACCGAAAUUGUGUCCUCAAAAUGUAGAAGAGUGCCCUCCCGCUCCCAGUGCAGGUCAACCGGGAUUCCGUCCUCAAAAUGGUGAUAAGAAUAUCCUCAUCGCCCCAGUACAGGUCAACUAG